AUGCUAGAAGAGGACCAUGAUGAAGCCGGCAGGCUUCAUGUGCCUCCGCUAUUGAACGAAGACUUAGACGAACGAAUAGCCGAUCCCGAAAGCUCCGAGGGUCUGUCGCCUGAUGUCGAAGCAGGCAGCCUUCCAAUCUGGUUGCAGGAAUCAUCCAAAUCUUUUCGCUGGGGCUGGAUACCUCUCCCUCUUCGAAAAGCCGGCCGUGCGACCGUAAACUGGAUUAAAGGCCCUGUCCCACCACAUACGCUCUUGUUGACACCGUUGUUUCCACGCAUUCAAGAACUGCCUGUUCAAUAUUUGGAUCACUUUUUCCCGAAGCACAAGUUGAAAGUUGUCUUGCUACUAUUGCUAUAUGUAUCGUGGUUCUUGCCAUGGUUCUUUAUAUUGUUACACUCGCGCUCUUCUGGCUUUAUCAAGGGCUAUGGCCAGCUUCAAACUCUCUCUUGUUCAACGGAUUUCUGGAAUUUCGAUGGAUGCGGUCUCAACGGAAAUGACUGCCGGCCAUUUACCUCCUCCACCGUCGCUUUUCGGUGCCCUGCUAAUUGCCGCGAUACAAAACUGUUGUCGCCUCAUAUCGUUGGCAACCAGACAUACAACUAUCAAGGACUUGUGAUUGGUGGCUCACUGAUCUCGUCUGAACCGGCAAUUUACCGUGCUGACAGCUUCGUUUGCCAAGCAGCCAUUCACGCGGGAGCUAUCUCGAACGAUGGCGGAUGUGGUGUUGUGAAGCUUGAAGGCGCGGCGCAUUCUUUCCCAUCAGUGAAACGACAUGGAAUCCAGUCAGUUGGUUUCCCAUCAACUUUUCCCAAGGCGUUUAGCUUUUUCGAUCUACCUCCAUCGCAAGCGUACUGCCCAGCAGAUCCGCGGUGGCCGCUACUUGGAAUCACCGCUGCUGCCGUUGGUCUCCUCUGGCUCUUCUGUACAUCGCCACCAGUGCUGUUCUUCAGCUCAUUCUUUAUGGUCUUCUGUCAUACAGGGCUUGUUGGCGAUCCACCGGGAUAUCCUGCCUUAUCCGACCUUGUGUCCACCCUUCUGUCUCGGCUGUUGCCAGCGUCAUUCGUUGUAUAUGUUCUGUACACAUUCUGCGCGGCUCCACUUCUGAAGCCAAUCACUUCGCCAAUAUAUCAGUUCUCAAAGCUGCUCUUGUUUCUACCAGGCCUGUUCAUCGGGGCCUUGAACAAUUACACAUUCGCACGCCUGAUCCCCCUCCAGCGUUUGACGCCUAUGGAUAUUCAGAAACAGCCUGGUGCUAAAUUGGCAUUGGCAUUAGUCAUUCCUACUGUGAUUAUCAUUAUUUUCAGCCAAGCAUGGCAGAUUCGGCAGGGAGGCCUGCUGCCGCGUUAUCUCAAAAUCUACUGUACCAUGGGCCUGGUCCUUUUGGUCCUCUUGCCGCUCCCAGGUUUGAGACUUCGCAUUCAUCAUUAUAUUCUCGCUAUCUUCCUCAUGCCUGGUACCGCUUUCCCCACUCGACCCUCGUUGGUCUAUCAGGGCCUACUGCUUGGUCUCUUCAUCAAUGGGGUUGCCCGAUGGGGAUUUGCCUCUAUCAUUGAGACCCCCGCAGCUCUGGGAGAAUUAGCUCCAGGCCUGGGUGGUAAUGGAUGGUGGGGAGCCUCAUAUCCCAACAUCACCGAUUCAUCUGUAAAUAUCUCAUUGCCUGGGUUGGACUCGCGCGAGACCUACCGCGGAAACGGUAACAUCACCUUCUCAUUAUGGGAGCACGAGAGAAUGUCAAAUCUUGCCGUUGACGGAGUUUCUGUCUUGCUCAAUGAUGUUGAACGCUGGCGCGGAUAUCUUGACGAGGAUGAACGUGGUGAAUUCACCUGGCACCGCCAUGGUCACGAUGGUUUGGAGUUGGUACACCCGCCUUCUCUCGAGAAGUUUGCUCCGCAUGAUGGAGUUGGGACUGAGUCAGUCUUGCUAUCAGACAGUGAUCUCUCAGACGAGCCAGAGGUUCUCUUCUUCCGAUUCGCGUUCUUGAGAGGUGCCGAGGCAGGUAACUAUGGGCCCACUGGUGUCUGGCUGAGUGAUGGCACAUGGUAUUCCCCACCCCCUCCACGUAAAUAG